AAACGACGACGACAACGACAACAAAAGCUCGCACAUGGGGCACUGCUGAACCGCAUCCCAACCGAUUGCGCCUAACGAUGAGAGUUUACGUCGCGGGCACUCUUUUCCUCCAAUCCUUCCCCACCCUGUUCUGCAGUGGAUUUUUGCUUCCAUCGGAAACCCAGGUCGGGGGYAGAAGGAAACCGUCGGUGUCCGGCGGGGGAACGACCGUCACCAAUGGUCCGCAAGGAUCGAUCGCCUUCGCCCGGCAGAGGCGAAAGCUUUCUGUUUCGUCCCAGUCCGAGGACACCGAGGGCAGCCCGCAGCGCCGAAGGUACCUCUCGGAGGAACAGGUCCACGACCUCUUGUCGGGGAGCUUGAGCAUAGGAAAGGGCCAGCCCUCCUACCCGGCGUGGAGAUCGAAGCAGAAACGGAAGCAGCUCUCCGAGAUGGGAGAAUGGGCAACCUCCGACGAGUCGAACCGGCCGAUCAUCUGCGAAUACGAACCAGACGCCCUGUGGCUCUGGACCAGGUGGCGCGGAACCGUCCUCUCGAUGACCUACAUCCCCAUUGCAUUCAACAUCGGCAUCGGCAUACUGGUGAACUGGUACGUCCAUUCCCACACCCAGGAGACCUGGACCUUCUUCCAGGUCCCCCCGCAGGAGGAGCCCGUGGUCCAGGAACUGGCGGGGCUCAAGACACUCUGGGAAUACCAGCUGACGCUCUGCACCUUCAUACUCGCGUUUUUCACGAGCCAGGCCUACACCUACUGGAGACAGGUCUACUUCACCACGAGGGCCAUCCAGGGCCGGAUCAACGACAUUUGCCUGAUCGUCACGACCAAUGCCGAACGAGAGGCCGGCAGAGCAAGCGACGGCAGCGAGGUGACCGGCUACAGCGAACGCGCUUCAGACCUGGUCGCUACCUGUACGAGGCUCAUACGAGUCAGCCACACAUUGUAAGUACCUACCGUASCGCAUGCSCGAAAGGCACCAGCGAAGGGUUUGCUCCGUGKUGCCGGGUCUGCGCUUGCCCGCGUUCUGGAUCGACCAAACGCCCGUUCUAUCUAUCUAACYAACCCAUUUGYGGACCGUCCUUUUGGCGAAGCUUCUGGGCCGCGAUGYCGACCAAUUCGAACGGAGUCAGCGACAAGGGGUGGGGSAACCGAACCUACCGGGUAAAGACCAGCGGCGAAGSCGGGGACGGAAAGGGCAACGCGAUCGGUCCCGUCCUGCUGAGUUCCUCGGGGCUCCGCUACCUGGAACGUGCCGACGAGCUGACGCACGCCGAAGCCCAGGCGCUGCUGGAUUCCGAUUUGCCUCCGUCGCAGUACACGUACAUGCUCAUGCAGUGGGUAGCCAUGUAAGUGCACCGGCCGGGGUGGUUUCGGGGGGAUCGUGCCGCACGUCUUCUCAUCGCUGUUUUGGUUUCUUCGUUUCGUUUCGUUUCGUUUCGUUUCGUUUUGUUCCGCUAGAUACGCGACCGAGGGAUUCCGCGACGGGGUGCUCGUCGGCGGCGACGGCGCGGAACGGGAACUGAUGCGGCGGAUCACCGACCUGCGUGCCGAGUACUUCUCCAUCGGAGACCUGUGCGCGGGUCGGAUGCCCAUCGCCUACGUCCAGCUGAUCCAGAUCCUGGUCGACAUUCUGGUGUGGCUGGCUCCSUUUUCGCUGUAUUCCGGGCUGGGCUGCCUGUCGAUUCCGCUGUGCGCCGUCCUGACGCACUUCUUCAAGGGGCUGCUGGAACUGUCCAAGAGUUUCCUGGAUCCCUUUGGGAACGACGGAUAUCCCAACCAAAACAUACGGUACGUAACGCACAAACCCGCGCCACGGAAUUCUGUGUGCACUCGCUUGGUUCUUGCCGCGCCGAGUGCACCGCCUGCCACGGCACGUUGUUUCUGACCAUUCUCGCGUCGCAAUCUUUUGKCCCGUGCAGUGUGGACGUCCUGGUGUCGGAACUCAAUUUCGGUGCCGCCAGCCGGUGGAAGGAAGCCGCUCACACGGUACCGGUGCCGCCCCGGUCGUCGUCCGCGACGGACCGAAAGAAACGGAAUCGCCGCGGGGAUUCCGAUGCCGACCACCGGAGCAACUUCCACCCGCUGUGACCGGGGUGUUGUCGUCCUCGCUCGUUCCGUGCGAUGCCCGCAACGAACAAAGGCAGCCCCGAUUCCGUCUCGGGCGGUGGUGCCCACGGCCCGUCGCAGCCCAAAGAAAACGGGACACCACAA